AAGUGAUCCUAAACUAUGAUUGGAUGAGCCCUAUCACGUCACGUGUUGGCGGAAGUAGCAAGAGCAUCGUUUGCCAGAUGUUUUUGCAACAUGGCUGUAUUGCUUAGAAGCUCUUCCAAUUGAAAAACACUAUCAACAUGCAACGGCGAACUCGCACAGUUAAAGUCUACACGGAAAAGACAACAGAUGGAGAUUCCGAUGAAUUUAGUCCACACACUCAGUCAGCGAGUGAAGAUGAGAUUGAAGAAUGGCAGCCAGAAUCCAAGGCCCCCAAGAGGCAGCAGAAAGCUCAGCCAAGCGAGAAGAAACCAGUGGUGAAGAGGCAGGCUAAACCUAAAGAGCCCAAGGAAUCCAAACCCAAAGCCCCACGCAAACCAGUGGAGAGGAAGCCCCGAGCUCCCAGAGCCCCUAAAGCUCCCAAACCCCUUAAAGCUCCCAAACCCCCUAAAGAACCCAAACCCCCUAAAGUUCCCAGAGCAACAAAAGGAGGUAAAAAGCAGCAAGCUCUGUUAGAGGAAGGGGCUGGAGGAGUCAAUCAGACUAACUCCAUCUGUGAUGCAGCGGAGUCACAGCAGUCAGCCAGGGUCAAGAAGGAGAGACUGUCCUUCAUUGUGCCUGAUGGAUCCUGCAACAACAACAUGUCCAGAGCAGGGGGCGGGUGGUCUGAGGGGCCGUCCUCCAGCCAUCAGCCUUAUGGGGGGAAGAAGGAAGAGCCUGAGGAGGACUUCGCGUUUGAUGAGCCUUCUCUGAAGAGACAGAAGACCAGCAGUGCCCCUCAGGGCAGGCCCACCAGACUGCCCACCUCAGGAAGAGCCUUUGGAGAAGACCUGAACAUGAACUGGGACCUUAUUCAAUUGCUGUCUGAGAGGACAGGAGUGGACCAGUGGGUGUGUUUGAACAUUUCCCAGCUCUUCAAAGAGGAGAACACCAUUCCCUUUAUAGUGCGCUACAGGAAAGAGAUGAUCAACCACAUGGACGCAGAUGCCGUGAGGGAUGUGCAGCUGGUGCUGGAGGAGAUCUAUGCACUGGCGAAGAAGACGCAGACUAUCAGUCAGACUCUUAAGAAGGAGGGAGUCCUGACUGCUGAGCUGGAACAGGCUCUGAGGAACUGCAGGACCGCUGAUGAACUGGACCACGUGUAUGCACCCUACAAGAAAGGCAGCAAGCUGAGCAAGGCCUGUCGUGCCAGGCAGCUGGGACUGGAGUCUGCUGCCCAGGCCCUGCUACAGAGUCCUUACACUCUGGACCUGAGAGCCUGGGUCAAACCUGGGAGUGAAGGAUUGUCCACCUUGGAGGAGGUGUCGACCGGAGUGGUGCAGAUUUUGGCUGAUAUUAUUGCUAAAGACGGAGAGACUCUGACCCAUAUAAGAUCGCUAUGUGAUAAAAGCAUGGUGAUGCUCCAGUCGUCUGUGUCUAGGACAGCCCUGAAGGAGCAGCAGAAAGAGGGUCACCAGGGGAAGCCCAAAGACAUUGACAAGUUCCACCUCUACUGUGACUUCACCUGCAACGUGCAGCAUAUUCAACACCACCAGACCCUGGCCAUUAACCGAGGGGAGAAUCUGAAGAUUCUGACAGUGAAGGUCAACAUCCCUGACCGGGUGAAGAGCGACUUCUGUAGGUGGUGUCUCAACGUCAGAUGGAGACCCAAGGGUUACCCUAGAGAGGAGCUGAUGAAGAUCUUACGAGACGCAGUGGAGGACUCGUACAAAAGACUCUUAUUACCCCUGCUCAGCAGAAGCUACAGGGCGAAGUUGACGGGUAGUGCGGAGAAGGAGUCCAUAGCCAUGUUUGUGCGCAACUUGCGCCAGCGUCUGUUGGUGUGUCCUGUGAGAGGCCGUGUCAUCAUGGGCGUGGACCCAGGGUUCAGACACGGCUGUAAACUGGCCGUCCUCUCCCCUACCAGUCAGAUAUUAUUCACAGAUGUGGUGUACCUCCAUGGUUCAGGGGGGAACAGAGAGGCAGACAAACUGCGCCAUCUGAUGAUCAGAUACAGCUGUAACACGGUGGUUAUCGGCAACGGCACAGCCUGUCGAGAGACUGAGGCCUUCUUUGCUGACCUCAUCAGCCGGCGCUUCUUCCAGCCUCUGGACGUGUCAUACUGCAUCACCAGCGAGGCAGGGGCAUCCAUCUACAGUGUGAGCCCAGCGGCAGUGAAGGAAAUGCCUGAUCUGGACCCGAACCUGAGGAGUGCAGUGUCCAUAGGGAGACGAGUUCAGGACCCGCUGGCUGAGCUGGUGAAGAUUGACCCGAAACACAUCGGCAUUGGAACCUACCAGCACGAUGUGUCCCAGAGCUCUCUGAAGGCAGCCCUGGACGGGGUGGUGCAGGAGUGUGUGAGCUUCGUGGGAGUGGACAUCAACAUCUGCUCAGAGACCCUGAUGAGACAUGUGGCCGGUCUGAAUACAGGGCGUGCAAAGAGCAUAGCAGAGUGGAGGGAGACGAACGGGCCCUUCAUGAACAGAGAUCAGCUGAGACUGGUGAAGGGCCUGGGCCCUAAGAGCUACCAGCAAUGUGCCGGCUUCAUCAGAAUCAACCCUCUAGACCAUCUCAACAACCACAGUGAUGCAGCAGGGGGUAACUCAGCCCAAGCAGCCCAGGAGAAGCCUGCAGCCAAGGGGAAGGGAAAGACCAAAGCCUCAGCUGCUGUACCUACCCUGCCCAACCCUCUGGACCAGACCUGCAUCCACCCAGAGUCCUACGCUGUGGCCAGGAGUUUCCUGUCCCUGGUAGGGGGUAGUGUGGACCAGAUGGGCCGGCCAGAGCUCAGACAGUGUGUGGAGGCCAGUGUGAAAUGUCAAGGUCUAGAAGCCCUGGCUGAAACCCUCAACACCACCCCAGACACACUGCAGCUCAUCAUAGACGGACUCACCCAGCCUCCUGGCUUUGACAUCCGCCAAGACUUCGAGAAGGCAGACUUCAAGCGUGGCAUUGUGUCUAUGAGUGACCUGAGAGAGGGGGUGGUUCUGACGGGCCGGGUGGAAAACGCCACUCUGUUCGGGGCCUUCGUGGACAUCGGAGUGGGCCGCAACGGGCUGAUCCAUAAGAAGUACAUCACCCCAGACAAGCUGCCAGCUGACCAGAGGAGACGCAGCCUAGCCCUAGGCCCCGGGGAGAAGGUGGAGGUCAGGGUGCUCAACGUGGACCAUCAGCGGGGCCGCAUUGGACUGGACCUCAUACGGGUCCUCAGAUAGACCAGUGUGGACUGGACCAUGGCUUUGCACUUGGGUCAUGUUCAGUAGAAAUGUAAAAUGUUUUAAAACAGUAAAAGUACUACCUGAACACAACCCUUCUGUGUAGCCACUCCUAGAACAUCUCUGUGACAGAAGAUGCUGACAUUGUCUGUUCAUGUAGUUUUCAGUAUAUUGGACCAACUCUUUAUGCCUCAGUUUGUAUUAUUUUAAAAACCAUGUUUAAACAUGUUUUGAGAAAUGUAUUAAUAAAUGGAAAAUUAUCAGCCAAAGUGAUAAAAAUCAAGCCUAACUGAAUUUUUGUUAAACCCAGUAUUGUGACAUUGUCUGUUAAAUGAUGAUUGGCUAGGCACUCGUUUAAAUUAUUCCCACCUGCUGGAUGCCGUUACUGUGGCAAGUAUCAGACAGUGUCUCUGCUGUCUUGUUACCCAGACGGCCCUGCCAGCGAGUUGAUUGACAGUCUCUGAGGGGCGGGGCAGGGGGAGAUGGAGGUCUCAGCCAGACUGCAAUAAGCCAGAGGGCCACAGAGAGAGGAGCCCAGACACAAUUAUCACAGGACAGAGCUGUUGUGCCUCACUAAUCAUACGCUUCAAAAUGAAUCCCAUAUUCCCUUCUGUAUUAUCCAAUCUGUUUGUGUUGAUGUGGCACAAAUUGAGAAAUGCAUCAAUAAGGCACACACAAGCCUGCUGGAGUCCCCUGUGUAAACCUUGGAGAACACCCAACCAGUGUUGCUCCCUCCAGGAUAGAAGGGAAAUUUGCAAAGUGCAUCUAACACCGUCAUUGUGUUACAGAGAUGUUUCAUCAAGACUGACCAACCGUGGCAGUGCUUUGUGGUGAUGAAAGACUAUACAUGCCGAUUGGCUUCAUGUACGCUCCAUUGUGUUGUCUCUUUAGUUUCCAAAUCAGUAUUAUUGUUUAGUGUUUUAGUGGCUUUGUCAUUUUUCAUGUCGUCUCCUAAUCGGGGUUAUAAAUCGCUUAGCUUUUCA